AUGGCGCUCGCCGCGCGCGCGCUCUGGCGCGACGCGUUCAGCGAUAGCGAUCUCGAGAGCGAUGGCGAGGCGAGCGAGAGCGAAAACGACCGCGCGCGCGCGCGCGUGGACGAUGUGUGCGUCGUCGAGCCGAGACGGGCGAUGGAUGACGGCACGGACGACGGCGCCGUCGAUCGCGCUGGGGGUGGUGAGACGUCCGGAGACGGUGGCGCGACGUCGGGGGAGGUCCUGGGCGCGCGCGCGGUCGAGGGCGUGCGCGUGGGACGGAUCGGACCGGAGUUGAGGGACCUUCGGGCGGCGCAGGGGGAGUCGAGGGAGUAUUACACGAUGUCGCACUACGAUCGGUUGUACGGAUGCGCCGCGGCGUGGAGACGGACGAGUCGGGGGAGUAAGACGUGGUGUAAGGAUGUGCACGGACCGGGGUGUCGAGAGUGCACGUCGUGUCACUUUUGUCGGCAGAAGACGACGGAUUUGAAGACGACGUGUCAGUGCGGAUUUUGGCGCAAGGCGCCAGAGGGCGGACGAGGGAGAGGGGUUUGGUGCGGUUGGUGUCUCGAGAUGCGCAUGGGGGAGAACUUGGACGAGGCGAGGGCGGAUCCGGAGUGGCGGUGUCCGGUGUGUCGGGACAUUUGUAACUGUAGCGGGGCGAAUUGUUUGCGGGCGAAGCGGAACUUGUUCCCGACGCAACAGUUGACGGGCGAGGCGCUGCAGUACGGUUGGCAGUCGGUGGCGCAUUACCUCAUCACCACCGCCAUCGUCACCGGUCGAGAUGCACCACCAAUGCUAGAUUUACCCGCCGCGUACUCUGAGCGGCAGCGUCGUCAGAGAGAUCCAAGCGCGGGGUCGAGCGCGACUCGAGGGACAAUUCCAGGAAUGUUCGGGGCGAGAUCGAAACAAGAGCAGCAAGCGAUGGCUCUUCGCGCAAAGGUUGCCGAGAGCGUUCGCGCCGCGUUCGGUAGGCUGGAUGAUAACGAAGAUUGCGACGAUGUUGAUAACGGUGACGAUGACGGUGAGAACGAACGACCACGUGCGAGAGGCGACGCCGUCGCUCGAUCGCGUCAAGGGAGAGCGUCUCGCGGUCGCAGGCGAACGACCACUGGAGACGGCUACGCCAGUUCCGAUGGUUCGGAACUCAAUUCUUCAGAUAGCGAGAGCGACGUCGACGAGUCUGCACCCGUCAUUGUGACGCGCGCGAGAAACACGGACUUCAUCCUAAUGGAUGUCAACGAAGCGCCAUCACAACCACCGCCGCCAAUCGGAGACAUGUCGAUGAUAGACCGAGUAACAUCAUCGGAUAAAGGAACGUCGUCUUCGACGGCGACGCAUCACCCGAAACAAAAGAGGGCGAGGACGGACUAUCACGACAUCGCCACGCGCGAGAGAGAACACGAGGGACGGUUCGCUGUUGCGGGUGCCGAGAAUCCAGAGCCCAGGCGGGUCGCGAUCGAUGUUGAAGAAGUUGAACGCAGUGAGAUGCAGCGUGAAUCGGCAGGGCGCCCGAUCGUGCGAACCAUUACUACUGAGUACGGCGAAACGAUCCACCUCAGAGAGGGUGAUGAGAUACCGGCCGUCGCGGCGCCGCGUCGACGUCGUCGCAGACGCUUACCUCGUCCAGACGACGCGGAGCAGUUUGGAACGAUCAAUCCGGAGGUUGUAGAGGCGGCGCAGGAUCGCGCCGUACACGCCGCGGCACAAGAAGAAGACGAGGAAACCAGAGCGGCUGUUGGCGAAGGCGAGUGCGCUUCUAUACUACGGGAAGUCCGAGACGGCGCUGUGGAUGAAUGGACGUACAGAGACGCAUUAGUGAGCUCACAUCAAGCGCUUCGUCUAGGUAUGGAUGAGUCCGAAACGGGAAUCAUCGUAGAUGAGGGAGAGUUACGCGCAUUUUGUGCGCUAGUCGUGCGCAUCGCCCGCGUGGUGCCUCGCACGACGGCGGGUCUGAAAGUAAUAUCGGACGCGCGUGAAACGCUUGCAGAUCCAGAAACGUUCAAAUCUUACAACAGCACGGGACGUGCCAUCGUGCUCAGGGCGUUGUUGAGAUGCAGUGACCACGCGGCGUAUCAAAACGUACAGGUCAGGGAAUCCAUCCUGCAAGUUUUGAUACUCAUAGGUGAGCUCGGGGAGGAGUACUGUUUGAUUCGCCAGAGCAUGCUGACAAAGCCAGAAGAAGCGAUGCCUCUGCCGGAGCAUCUUCAGGCUUCCAUCAGCGCACUGAGUGCGGUCGAAGAAGACGGCGAGGAAAUGGUAUCGGUAGAAAUCAACGACGCCGUGGCGUUGUUGCUCCUCGAGCGACUUGAAGCAGCGCACGUGUUAUUGUACGCCUCCAUGGCAGCACUUCGCCGGUCCGUGCGUGGCCCUCCAUUAGCUGGUCGGGAGGAGCUCUUCUGUCCCACGAUCGCUGCUUUCCUCUCCCCAGAGUAUGCAUUCAAAAUUAAGUUAAGAAAGCAGGCUUUGAGAUUGAUUGCCGCCGCAGUGACAGCCGCAACGCGAGAUUGGGGGGAUCCGAAAUCACCGGUAACGGUCGCGUUGGCGACGAAUGCAAGCGAGUACGUGUGGCCGUCGCUAUCAAAUUUACUAGCGGCGGAUUUCCCAGCUCGAUCGACGACUUCGAUGAAACUUGAAGGCGGUUCUGGUAUCGCUCGAGCUGCAAUCGAAGGUUCAGCACGUCUAUUUGCUUUGUUGCUUCGAUCUGGAGUUUGGGGGUGGGGCAAGGUUGAGGCAGCUGUUGUUGCGCCGCACACGCCCGCGACAUUUUGGCGUUCAGCGGGUGCGCCGUAUCGCGCGCUGGCGUAUCGGUUGUAUUCCCGUCUUCUUGAUGUCACGCCGGUGUAUUACGGCGGUAUAGGCGCCCCUUUGUUGAAAUUGUGGAUGCUUGCAACCACCGAUCCAGCUGCGGGCGAGUCGGGAUCUGCCGGAAUCAGCAGGGCUCGAGCGCGUAUCACACGAGCAGCGAAGCGUCAUCCCAUCUUGUUCGCCGCGUUUCCGUCUUCGAUCAUCCUCGAUGGUUGUGAAAAGUCGGAAAACGUGUCUUUGCAAGCGCGCGCAAGAUGGGUGGCUGAGGUGUUGCGUCAAGCAUCGACGACGGCAAUCUCACCGAAAGCGCGCGUCGCUGCCGUUGCAGCGGCAAACAUAUUUUGGGAGGUUCUGCCGAUACGCGAGGCAGAGGUGCGAGGUAGACACAGUGAGGGCUCGUUCGCGGCGGCGAGUGCUUUGAUUCUCACGACGGCGGCAUCGCACCUCUCUGAUGCACUGUUGGCCCCGCCUCCGCCAAAGCUUAUGCCAAUGCUUCGCAAAACAGUUGAGCUCAGCUCGACGAGAGGUGGACGAGAAUCGGAAGCUCGCGCAGAAACGCUGUCACACGCACUUCUCACCGUGGCGUCGCAUUUCGACGCACAAAAUGCCACCAUUUUGACUACGCUUAUCGCGAUAUUGCACGAGGCGAUGGAGCGUCCUGGCGCGGUCGAUUCAGCGAACGCGAUGGAGGCGCUAUGGUCCUCUCUGGAUACCAAAAACGAUUUACAUGAACGCCUAGGAAUCGAGAGCAGUAAACUCAUCGACUUAAGAGACUUCAUCGUGAACUCUUGCGCGAAGCGCGCCAUCGAACGUGCGAGAUACAGCGCGUCAAGCAAGACUGCGAUGCAAGCCGCGAAGGGAUGGUCGCUCGCUCUCGCUCAACUGGCGAAAAGAUCAUCGGAUUCGAACUGGUUCAAGCACUUAAUGCCCUCUAUACUGGAUGCUCUUCAACCGCCGGCGGUGCCAAUCGGUAGAAGUGCGGCUCCGCCACCAAUUUCGACCGCUGAUCCAAGCGUGCGCGCUUCUCUUUACCAUGUUCUCGAGGAAGCAUUGACGCACCAGCCCGAACUCGCGUCAAUGGUCGAUGGUGAUGCAAAAUGUGAAGCGACUCCGCAAGACGUUUUCUUUGUCGCCAUCUUGCGAGCAGCGAUCGGAGAGAUCGCGCACGCACUCGGCGGGGCUGAGGAAGGGAAGGGAUAUACACCACUCACCGAGAAUGAUCGAAACUCUGCGAGCCGACGGUUGCGGUCGGCGCUCGGCGCGUCCGUACCACCUUCUCAGGCAUUGGAGGAAGUCUAUCGAUCGUUUAAGCCACCAUCCGAAACCAUGACUGAGCCACGAGAGAAGGACGCGGACGCUGUAACUUUAACGAGCACGGCGAUUGCGGCGCUCAGAUUUAUGAGCGCAUUCACGGCUUCGUCACCAGCGGCAAAACGGUUAGUGAAGACGCACGUGUUGUCUCCCAUCAAAGCUGCUAUGAAACGCAAAGACUCACACGCCCGCCGCACACUGGCGCGUCACGUCAACGAUCUUUGGGCGGCCGCCGGUCUCAUUCAGCAAAACUCCAAGGAGAAUAUGGCACCCAUCGUUAUCUCAGCGCCGCCAACUCCUGCGAGGAAACAACUGCAGCUACCUCGUGUGGCGUGGCCUGCUGGCGCUGAUGAACCGUGUGCAUUCGCCGCGAUAAAGAACACGUCGACCGGAUCGUCAGUAAAUGUCGUGGGCCAAGUCGUGAAGCGAGAGCCGUCGAAAGGAGUGACCACUCGAGAAAAUCCCAAAACGGGCAAAAAGUUUGACAUGCUCUUCGUCACUCUCACUGAUCACGUCGGUGACGAGCUGCGAGUGCAACUCAUAGGUAGGAGUGCCAGGACGUGCGCGACGGCUUUAGACGUAGAAGGUAUGCCCAGUGACAUCGCGAUAGGUCUCAUCGGAUUAAAGUCGAAGGGCGCAGCGGCGUGGGAUCCGAAAGAAAUAGCCGAGUUGAUCGUGAAUCCCGAGAACGCCGCAAUGUAA